CGGAAACCGACGGCUACUCCAGGGCAACUGGUAUCCUGUACGCAAGUAAUAGGUGGGGUGGUACCUCGGACUCCGGUUCGCCGUUACUCGGACCCCGGUCCGAUGCGCAAACUUCCCGUGCAGAACAAUUUCAAGAUCCAGCAAGCCAGUCAGUGACUCGGAUUCUUGCAUUUCUCAGCAAGCCGUCCUUUACCGCAACCGCAUCGACAACCUCCUCGACCUCCACCAACGAAACCCCUCCCACUCCCGCCUACACCUUCUACGCUCCCAUAUCCAUUAUUAUAGCUACCAUGACCCGAAUACGCUGCUCGAAUGCGCCCUCCGCAGCACGAUCUUUUCUACAGCUCGCGCAUCGGAGCUACUCCUCCACUGCUACGCAGUCCUCUACGCCCCUCGAGUUCCUCUUCCCACGAUGCGCACCCUCUGCUAGUCGAAACGCCAAGGUCUCCGCUACCUCAUCGAGAGCCCACGCCCACGCACGAAACAUCAAUCUUAGACGGACAAGGGAAUUCGGCAUCCAGCUUCAGCUUCCCUCGAGGAGACAUUUCUCAUCCUCCCCCGCCUGGCAGCAGACCCGAAGCAUAUUGAAUACCCAGAAGGAUGAGGAUGGAAACGAGAUGAUGCUGGAGAUUACCUCCCGUGCAGCAAAGCGCCUCACCCAGAUCAUGGACAAGGACGCCAACCCCAACCUUGCCUUGCGCAUUCAAGUCGAGAGUGGCGGUUGCCACGGCUUCCAGUACCUCAUGAGUCUUAUUACUCUGCCGCCAAAAGACACUCCCGAAUGGACCGACACCAUCAACGAAGACGACACCAUCUUCCAACACCUGCCCGACGACGCAGACCUGUCCUCCGCGUCGGAGGAGGGACCGAAGAUUAUCCUCGACGAGCCAUCUCUCGACCUCCUCAAGGGAAGCAAGGUGGAUUUUACAAUGGAGUUGAUCGGGUCCCAGUUCAAGAUUGUGGACAACCCUUUGGCUACCAGCAGUUGUGGAUGCGGCACCAGUUUCGACAUCAAGAUGUAAACUCAUCGGCUUCAAGUUCCGAAUUGUAGACCUGACCUCCCACUCGAGGCCCGCAUGUACAUAGGAUUAUGAAUACCUCUGCUCCAAUUACAUUUCAAUAUGGGCUUUACAACGUGACCGAAGAGUCUUUAUUCACUUCACAUGGGACAGAGGCUUCACAGAAAAGAGUUUGGAAACUCGAGUGUCAUUCAUCAUGGUAUCAAUUCCACAAGUCCCUGUCAUGACAUCGA